AUGACGGAUGAACGCUCAGGAUCUGAAUCUGCACCUCCCACUACGAAAAAAGUGUAUGGGACGUUGGGAAAAGCGCUGUACUACCUCGUAUCAUUCAUUGAAGGCUACGACCAACAGAUGUUGUAUAUGUGUAUGAGGGCUUUCGAGUUAACAUUGGGUUUUUCUCAGUCUCAGUUGUCUACGAUGGCAACCAUUUUACUCCUGCGUUUCUUACACGGAUUUGGAUUAGCUUGCAUCUACCCCGUCCAACAACAUAUCGUUUCGAACUCGGAUAAACCAGAAGACUUCAAUUUAAUAUUCGGUAUAAUGCAAGGUUUAAAUUGCCUCGGACGAUUGCUAUCUGCCGUAAUAACUACGCUAAUUGCACGGAAAGUAUUAUUGGGCUAUUAUGGGUGGCGUACGUCUUACUUUGUACUGGGGUACAUCUGGAUACUGUUUGGCAUCUCCAUUCUAUUUGGGAUGACACGUAAGCGUGACAGCAAUUCUAAAUCCGUUGAAUUUAGGACGCAUAUAUCGCAGGCAUUGUCUCAACCCUUUAAGAGGGCAACAACAUGGAUAUUGAUACUUACCAUAUUCAUCGCAGAAGCUCCAAUAUGCGCAUUUUCGUAUAUUAACAUUUACUUGCAAUAUUUGGGAGUAUCUGAGACAAUGGCAGGCGUUGCAAUUGCGGUUACACUGAUUGGUGGGGCAGUUAUUAGCGUUGCUGGCGGAUUAAUUAUUAGUAAUCGUGCAGAAAAAUAUGAUUGUAGUGGUGAAGUUGGUUUCGGACUUGUGAUGAUGGUCGUCCGACUUGUAGAAUCUCUAUUACUCUUCCUAGGACCACAGCCAAGCGGGAAGUUGCUUUGGUAUCAUUACAUGGAGUUGGCAACGCUAGGGGGAACGUUAGUAACGGUUGGUGGUGUCGAUAGGGCCCUUUUGACAAAAGCAAUUGAAGACAAGUACCAGGGUACAGCUUCUGCCAUGGUUCGAACCAUAUCCGGUAUCGCAAGUAGCGUGGUUCUCUUCCAGAUUUCCGCAUAUUUGUCGGAUAAAGUGUUCGCCUACGUUCCAUUCAGGAAGUCGUUUGAAACUAUGGACGCAGAUAUUAAAGAGAGAAGUGCCGAAGCCCUGAGAAAAUCAAUGAUGUAUAUUAUAUUAACAGGCACACUACUCAACGUGUUUUGCUAUAUUGCGUUGUGUUGUACGUAUAUGGGAGAUAGAAAUAUAGUGGAUGGCAAUAACAAGGGAGAAAAACGGAAAAAUUUACCGUCAUCAGCACCUGUUCCACAAUGA